UAAUCAUACGCCACUACCAUGGCAGACUCAGCGAGGCGUGGCCGUCGAAACAAUCGAGCAUCUCGCAAUCGACGAGGCAAGGGUAAAAAGGAUCAAAGCUCUCCUGACCAACCUGAAGAAGCUCUUGGAAAUGGCUCUGGUUUUUCGCAUUUUGAAAAAGAUGCUUCUCGCUCCAAUAAAGUCAAUUCCCCCGAGGUACUGGCAAAGCCCGCAUCGCUCUUGGGCCUUCCUGCAGAGAUACGUUGGGAGAUCUACCAGUACCUUUUCGAACCGCAUCGUGUAGAAAUUCUCCGUCGCAAGGAUAAGAACACCGAUACGUCUAGGCCAGCUCGCUAUAGGCUUUACCAUCGCCAGCAGAAGCCUCGCAGCCCAUCUACGCAGGCAGUUGUUAGUAAUGGCCACCGCACCAGGCCGACGCCAUUCUUAUUUGGCCUUGUCUUUACAUGUCGAACUAUUUAUUGCGAGGCAGUUCUUCUGCUAUACUCGACUGCGCAGUUCAUAUUCAGUUCCUCGAAUUCCAUCAUGCGAUUUCUUAGAACCACAUCCAAGGAUCACCAGGCUGCUGUCCGUCAUGUAGAGCUCAGUCACAUCAUGUACAAUGAGCCGCGGUUGAUGGCGUUUCGCACAUUCAAGAUCCGCAGUGACAUUGCUUGGUACAUUGCCUGUGAUGAGAUGGCAUCAGCCUGUGUUUCUCUGAAGGUGCUACAUGUCAGAUUAGCCAUUUACGACUGGCCCAUCCGACUGAAAAUAGGCGAGCCCUGGUCUAUGCCGCUUCUGCUGUUCGGCCACUACGACGGAGGCUUAGACUAUGCGGGCGUUCAGCUUCAAAUGAAAAGGUUUCAAGACGACAAACUUCGGUCUGUGGCACGCGCUCUGGAGCAGAAGAUGAUGAAACCGAAGAUGUUUCAAAUUCGAGAAGAUGAACGACUAGCGAAGGAAUUGAUGGGACCGAUUAAAGCAAAAAAGAUCUUGAAGUUAGUGGUUUAG